UACUGGCUCCUUGCUGUUGAAAUGGGCAAGUUCAUGAAACCUGGGAAAGUGAUACUGGUCCUGGCUGGAUGCUACUCUGGACAUAAAGCCAUCAUCAUGAAGAACAUUGAUGAUGGCACCUCAGACCGCCCUUACAGCUAUGCCCUGGUGGCUGGAAUUGACCUCUAUCUCCGAAAAGUGACAGCUGCCAUGGGCAAGAAGAAAAUUGCCAAGAGGUCAAAGAUCAAGUCCUUUCUGAAAGUUUAUAGCUACAAUCACCUCAUGCCCACAAGGUACUCUGUGGACAUCCCCUUGGACAAAACUGUUGUCAACAAGGAUGUCUUUAGAGACCCAGCCCUGAAACACAAGGCCAGGUGGGAGGCCAAGGUCAAGUUUGAGGAAAGAUACAAGACAGGGAACGGCCGGGCGAAUGCCAUGGUCAGAAGCAACCCCCAGCAGAGUUUAUUUGGACUUACAGUCCAGAGAAUCUAUAAUGGCCAGAUUACGAAGCUGAGAGAGUACAUCUUCUCAACCACAUGCAAAAACCAGAGAGUGAAGUUGCUAUAA